AUGACACCGCAACACCCAACGGGAAGCGAUGCCGGGCCUCGUGUGCCCUAUCACCACUGCCUAUCUCGUGAGGCGAUCUCCUGGAUGCCCCUCAAGCAUGGGGCCCAAGUAUACCGGUUGUUCACCCACGCCCUACUUCGUGCUGUCUGCACGUCCUCAAAUGCGGCGUUCCAGCGUACUCUGCGUGACCGCAUCAAAAGCAAGAACAGCUUCCGGCAGAAAUGCGAAGCUCUCGGAGAGUGUCUGAUACGGGUACUCGGGGCAACCGCGGCGACUGCGCUGAAGCGGUUGGAGCAUCCUGAACUCAUGGCCGCCGUCAUGCACAUCAGCGGCCUCGAAGUGCUCCACGGCCUUCUGUCAGAAAAUGCUAACGAUCUAUCUUUCUUGCACCGUGAAGGCAACGGGCUUCCGACUUCCACAAAUUUCUUCUCUCGGCACACCAGGGAACGGGGGUGUUGUUCCUUCCCAGUACCUUAUAUCGCCCUGGAAAAUUCAAUGGAGGGUGACGCUGUCGUCUACAUUUGCCAUGGCAGCCCAGUAUGUGGCUCGUCAGCAGCAGAGACUGAUUCUGGAAGAUGUGCUGAGCAGCACAGUGUUGAGGAGGACAAGUCCAAUGAUUCAAGAGUGCCAGCAGAGGAGGCUACACCACAGUCUGAGCUGACGCUCCGCCAACUCGAGGAGCUGGUUGCGCACGGUCAACAGUACCUCUCAUCAGUUGAGCACCAACUGAAAAACUUUUGGACGUUCGCGCCUUGCUUUUCCUGGUUGUUGCGGCAACAGCUGGCAACUCGCGCUCACCCUGCGGAAGGGACGCACACGCCCCAGUUCCUCAACGUGAGCACACAAGAGCGCACCUUGAACCGGGAACCCGGACUGGCGCCAGCCGAAUUGGACGUGAGCCACCUGCCCGACGAUGGGCAGGGGCGGCCUCUUUCCAAGGUCAGAGGGCUGGAUCCUGCAGCAGUUCUGGGCCUUUGCAGCUCCCAUCGACCUCGAGGACCAGUGACUGACUACGCAGACGACGGGCGAACCGCUUCACGAGGCCCACAAGCGUCUGGUCCCAGCUUGGAAGCCGGAAACCUUGAGUGUGAGCCGACCGGCCUUCCUACCUCUGCUUCGCGCGGGCGGCCAAAAGGAGGCUUUUCCGCUUGCCCUCUCCGACACAGUCGGACACAAGCGCCCGAGCACGUGGAUGCUUGUGAACCGCCCGGGUGCAUCCGUGGUCACGGGGAGAAGCCAUCCCCUCAUGAGGUUUCUCAAGCUUCACCACGUGCCGACGAGAACGUGGAACACGUACCCAUCGUCUCUUUGGCGGAGAUUAGGAAUUUGUCAGCUUUAGACCAGGGCGCCGGAAAACGAGCGAUUCGAAAAGAGACCCCGAGGCAGCGGAAAACACCAGUGUCCGGAGGUCUUUCCGUGCAAGUAGACGCCACGGAUGCAACGAAAGGAGACAUGGCCGAAGCUUCAGUGUUUUCUGUGGGGUCAACCUCUGAGGCUGCAGAACCUUCCCCGCACAUAGAAAUGUUGCGGGACUCAGAGGCGACGACUUCAAGACUCGACAAAGAGACCAGCGAUGAUGAAUGGGCGAUUAUCACGGGCGGCAGGGAACUGGAAGAAAUAUGCGAAGCAGUCUACCAAGAGUCGCUGAGACUCCAGGAACUCGUCGAAUUCUACGAGGAUUUCGCCAACGAGUGUCUGCAGCGGCACGGACACGAAGCGCGAGUUGCUUUAGGCGGUGGACGAUGA